AUGCUUUCCGAAUCAUCCGUCUCCAUCUAUAAGCUAGAUCAAUUGGAGUAUCAGUAUUAUUACUUGACGAAGUCUUUGGAAAAGUUUGAACCAAGGUAUCCCCAAACUGCCAAACUAUACAACUGCAUAGGUAAAAAAAACAAGAAAAAGGUCGACAAACUAUUGAACUCUUUAGAGUUAAAAACUUUGAGCAAAGAACUUGAUGAAAUUUAUUUAAGGUUACUCAAGAAUAAGAUUCACUAUUACGAGACACAUUUAUCUAAAUGUAUAAAAGAGCAGAUCCAGAAAGUCUCUAAAAAAGAAUCUGGUAAAAUGAAAGAUGCUCAAAAGAAUAAAACACCACCUUUAGAUGUUGAAAAAAUGCUUGGCGUACAGCUCUCAAUAGAGGAUUUAGUACUAUUUUUGACAAGAUUUAAACUGAUCAAAACUUUCCAUCAAAGGGUUAGACAGAAAAGCAAAAAGAUGGAAAAUGAUACGAAUGUGAAGGCUUGGUUGGAUAACAAUGAUUACAGUCGUUAUGUCAGCGAUAAAGCAAGUAAAUGGAACCCAAGUAAUAUUUGGAACAGCGUUAUCACAAAGCUACCAAAUUGUGAAAAGUUAAACGCAUUAAUUGGUCAAAGCAAAGCCGUUAAAAAUCUAGUUGAGUCCUUCGAUUUGAGUAUCUGUGUUAUAUUCGGAUUUGAUGUAAGUGCUAUGAAGGCAAAGAAGUAUGAAGCGAGGGAGAAGGCAUCCAAAGCUACUUUAGCGCCAACCAAUAUUGAACAUGAUACCGACAACGGUGAUGAAAAUAAUAAAAUGGACAGGAGUUUUGAUGCAAAUAGCAAACGAAGUCAGACUAACAGGGAAAUAACAUCCGACGAUGAAGAUUUGCUGGUAGAACAAUACGAAGGAUUGUUAGGCAGUUCAGGAGAUGAAAAAGAAGGUGGCGGAUACCUAAACCCUAAUAUCAAUUACAAUGAAGUGACGGAUGAAGAGGCCAGCGAUGAAUCAUUCGCUGCAGAAGACAAUGAGGAAGAAUUUAGUGAAUAUGAAGACAGUGAGCCAACAAGAAAGAGAGCAAAGUUGCAUAAUUUGCCUGAAUUAAUGGCUGGCUACUAUAGUGGGGAUGACAGUGAGGAAGAUAGUAAUGAAAGUGAUAAAAAUGUCAAGGGAAAGAAUAAAAAGAGCGGCGCAAUGGAAGACCGUACUGCUAGAGAACAAAUGUCCAAUGAGCCAAAGAGGAAAAAUAGACGUGGACAAAGGGCAAGAAGAAAGAUUUGGGAAAAAAAAUAUGGUUCCCAAGCCAAACAUGUUCAAAGGGAAUUGGAGAAAGAAAUGGAAGAUAGAAAACAAAGACAAGUCGAGUACGAAGCAAGAGUGGCUAAACGUGAAGCUAAAGCGGCAUCAUUACAAGAUUCAAGGAAUAGGGAGCACGAAAAUGAACGUCGUGAAGUGCUCUACAAGAAAGAAAAAGGAACAGUGGCCACUGGGGAAGAGCAUCCUUCCUGGAUUGCAAAGAGACUAGCCGAAGAAAAACUUCAAAAAGCUAAGUUUGAAGGUAAAAAGAUCAAAUUUGAUUAG